GUGGCCCGAUUUUGACGUCAUCACGAGCGGCCUCCAUAUUUUUUUUGCGUCCCGAAUUUUUAUGGUAGACUUUUCUCUCGACCGCGGUGCUAAGGGCUAUGUAUCCGUGGGGAUUCCGUCGGCAGACUCGACCGUGCUCGUAGAACAACCCCGGCGUCGCUUCUGAACCUCCCAUUCGAGUCCCGCGACGCGCAACCGGGGGGUCCUGCGGCGAGGAUGCUUCGAAAAGAAGGGCUCGUCCAGCGCAAGAACGCCAGUUCGAACCCCGAUGCCAAGUCGAAGGACGUGGACGACUCGGCACCUCGGCAGGAAAGCGAGGAUGACGUCGAUUCGAAAGAAACACGGCUCACCCUGAUGGAAGAGGUGCUUUUACUGGGCCUCAAAGAGAAAGAGGGCUACACAUCCUUCUGGAAUGACUGCAUCUCGUCGGGCCUGCGGGGCUGCAUCCUAGUGGAGCUGGCACUGCGGGGCCGCAUUGAGCUGGAGCGGUGUGGGGUGCGCCGGCGGUCGCUGCUGCUGCGCAAGGUUCUGCUGCGCUCGGACACGCCCACGGGGGAUGUGCUGCUGGACGAGGCCCUGCGGCACCUCAAGGAGACCCGGCCGCCCGAGACGCUGCAGGCCUGGAUAGACUACCUCAGCGGGGAGACCUGGAACCCGCUGAAGCUUCGCUACCAGCUGCGCAACGUGCGUGAGCGUUUGGCGAAGAACCUCGUCGAGAAGGGGGUGCUGACGACGGAGAAGCAGAACUUCUUGCUCUUCGACAUGACCACACACCCACUGGUGGACCAAGCCUCAAAGGGAAAGCUGGUGCGCCGGGUACAGGAGGCCGUCUUGGGCCGCUGGGUCAACGACCCGCAGCGCAUGGACCGUCGUCUGCUAGCCCUCCUGGUCCUCGCACACGCCUCGGACGUGCUAGAGAAUGCGUUCGCUCCCCUUUCGGACGAAGACUAUGAGCUGUCCAUGCGUCGAGUGCGCGACCUUCUAGACCUCGACAUGGAAGCCGAAGCGGCUAAGCCUAAUGCAUGCGAAGUCCUCUGGGGAGUCUUUGCCGCCUUUGUCAAGUGAGAGCAGCGCUAACUCCGCCGGCUGACACACCGAGGGAGCAUCAACUGCUUCCCGUCUGCCGGGGUGGGUCAAAGUCGUCUGCCACUUUGUCUGCUGGAACGAGCCAAGUUGUUUGCUUUGCCCAUUGGAGCGGAUUCAAGUCGUCUGCUCCACCCGUUGGGGCGAAGUGAGCCGUCUGCAUGCUUGAAUGGGUCAAGUCGAUUUGCUGUUUUUGGAACUGCAGAAGGAUACAAAUAAAGUUUGGGGGAGAUGGGGAGAGCUUUGAUGGAGCGUCAUCUGCUACUGUGCUGUCCCUAGUUGGUUUGGGGAUGGCUAGCGACGCUUGUCGAAAGGCAAAGGAGCAGCACCUGCUUCUUUUUCUUGUGCUCUAUUCAGAGUGUGAAGCUGAGUCUGCUCUCAUUGGGUGAGCUGUUGCUUCCUUUACUUUAUGUCCAUGAACUAUGCUUCAACAAGUUAGUCCUGUUUUUGUAUGUUAACAGUCAUGCAUUCCUCGACGCAAGGCUCUGCUGUACAUAUAGCUAGGGGGCAUAUUUGCAGUUCUCUAUUGUUUUGUCGGGAAACAAAGCACUUCUCUUUAUCACUUUGAAUGAAUUGCAUAACUUCGAGCAGUUUCGAGUUUCCUAGCUUCGUGUUAGCCCAGGCUGAUCCAUAUUUCUUUACUUUGCGUAAUUUGGCGGCGGUGGCAGCGGUAUUGUUCCUCAGUUGUAAAUAAAUAGUCCUCUUGGUGAA